AGUUGCAAGUUGUUCCAUAAAAGGAAUCAAUUUGCGUGAAGCCCUCAACACCUGGAUGCAAACGACCCUUGUAACGGUUGUUCCAAGAAUCGAUUCGAUUCAACAAAAGUGGUCCCCACCUGCUUUUGCCACGAACUCACGCAGAACAGGCUUGAAGCAAAGCAUCAAGCAAACCAAGUUGACAAGAGAGAAGACAGCGUCAAUAGGGGAGAGAGAGAGAGAGAGAGAGAGAGCGAGCGAGAGAGAGAGCGCUUCCAUGGCCAACGCGAAUGACGAAAAGCCUCUCAGGAAGAUCGCAGAGGCUUUCAAGGACCUCUCCAACACUUUAAAUUCCCAAACCCUCGAUGUCGGCGUGGUCGACCUCGAGCUCGCCCCUUUCUCUCGCGCGUGCUCACUCGUGUCCCCUCUCUUCGGCUGUUUAGGCAUCGCCUUCAAGUUCGCUGAAAUGGACUACGUCGCCAAGGUUGAUGAUCUUGCGGAGUCGUCAAAAUCGAUUGCUACAUUGCAAAAAUUGGUUGAUCUGGAUAUUAAAGAGAAUUGUGUAAGGAAAUCCGGAAGUCAUACGAGGAAUCUUCUGAGAGUGAAGCGUGGGUUGGACAUGGUUAGGGUUUUGUUUGAGCGGAUUAUUGCAAUGGAGGGAAAUUCCCUAAAGGAUCCAGCUUCAAAAGCCUAUGCACAGGUAUUUGCUCCCUACCAUGGAUGGGCCAUCAGGAAAGCUGUUGCUGCAGGGAUGUAUGCUCUUCCUACAAAGGCACAGCUACUGAAGAAGCUUAACGAAGAUGAAACCGCGGCAAGGAUUCAGAUGCAAAGUUAUGUUGCCAUGUCUGCCCCUGUUAUUCUAUACAUCGAAAAACUUUUCCUCUCAAGGGAACUGGGUACAGAUUGGUAAACUUGGACUGCAUUUUAUUGGGUCGGUUUAUUUUUAUGGCAGUUGUCUUGAUGUAAAAUGUAAAUUAGAUGCAGAUUGGUAAACUUGGACUGCAUAUUAUUCAGUUAGAUAUAUUUUUAUUUUAAUUGUCUUGAAGUAAAAUGUAAAUGAGAAACUUUUCUUCUCAUAAAUUAAAUUGUAUCCUUUUGAACUCUAUUUUAGUGGAAUAGACAUUUAUUUUAAAUUUGCUAA